AACAGAGUCAAGCUGUCAAAUGCUUGUUGCUCGAAGGAAAGUCGCCGCUAGUGUUUAAACAUAUAUAUUAAAAAGAAGUAUCGCGUUAACCGUAAACGACGUGUUCGUGCUUUACGUUCUGUUCGGACGAUGAGAUGAUUGUUAGCGCGUCGAGUUUAUGUUUAAAAUAAAUUCGGUGGUGUUUAUUUUCGCUCCCAGUUCGGCUGUACUGGGUGGGCUGCUGUCGGUUCGUGACUGUCGGUGUGGCUAGCACAGAGAGAGAGAGAGAGAGAGAUUUCGUGGCGAUGAGACCGUUAUCAAGAAGUGCCUUUUGGAUGACUCCCCGUGUUGCUGAUCUCUGGUCCCUGCCUGCCUGUACCACCCACACGCCUCUCUCUCCACCUCAGUCAGAGUACUAAUCCUCCCACCUCAAACUGUUCCUUCCUCCACCUGACUGCAGCAUUCAGUCUCACCCACAGCCACAGGAAAGCAUAAAGAGGGGAGGAAAUUACAAACUGAGUCUGCUAUCAAAGCAUUCAGAGGAUCAUGCUAUGCAGGAACAUUACAAUUCUUCAAUAAAAGCAGACGUGUGAUUCACGAUACGGCAACAAGUUACAGUGUCCUUUAACAGUAAAUAAUUACGCCAUACUCGGACAGCUUGAACGUAGUGCCCAUAUAUCUCAUUUAGUGAGUUUCACUGUGGCUGUCAGCAAAAUGUCUGUGGCAUUGCCAGCUGUACGCGACACUAAGUGGCUGACUUUGGAGGUGUGUCGUCAGUUCCAGAGAGGCACGUGCUCCCGCAGUGACGAAGAAUGCAAAUUCGCUCACCCACCCAAGAGCUGUCAGGUGGACAACGGCCGAGUCAUCGCCUGCUUCGACUCCCUCAAGGGUCGGUGUUCACGGGAUAACUGUAAAUACCUUCACCCUCCUUCUCACCUGAAGAGUCAGCUGGAGAUCAAUGGAAGAAACAACCUGAUCCAGCAGAAGACGGCUGCCGCCAUGCUGGCCCAGCAGAUGCAGUUCAUGCUGCCAGGAUCCAGCUUGCCUGCUGUGUCUUCCUUUCCUGUUGGUCAGAGUCUGGGGCCAGGACCCGGGAUCAGCUACUCGCCCUACCUCUCUCCUGUCACUCAUGGGAUGGGUCUGGUUGCCACGGAGAUGCUCCAGAGCAACCCUGUGAUUGUCUCUGGCAGCCCUGCUGUAGCAGUGCAGACCUCAAACUCCUCUUCAUCGUCUCAGAAAACACUGCGCACUGACAAACUGGAGGUGUGUAGAGAGUUUCAGCGGGGGAACUGCUCCCGAGGAGAGACAGACUGUCGGUUUGCCCACCCUAGUGACAGCCCCAUGAUUGACAGCACUGAUAACACGGUGACGGUGUGCAUGGACUAUGUGAAGAGCCGCUGCUCUAGAGAGAAGUGCAAAUACUUUCACCCUCCUGCGCAUUUGCAGGCACGCCUCAAAAGCUCUCAGAGCACCCAGAGCACUGCUGCAACCGCUGCUAUGACUCAGUCAAGUGCCAAAGUGCUGAAGCGACCCCUCGAGGCAACUGUUGACAUGGCGUUUCCUCACAGCAUGUUGCAGCCACUGGCUAAGCGUGUAGCUCUAGAGAAAAGUGCAGGGCCUGGAGGUCUAUUAAACCCCAGCGUUCUUCACUACCAGCAAGCUCUCGCCAACACACCUCUGCAGCCGUCUACGGCACUGUUCCCCACAGGCUCAGUCUUGUGCAUGUCUCCUGGACCUGGCAUUGUUCCCAUGAUGCUCAGUGCCCCGCCUGCUACCGCCUCCGCUCCUGCUGCAAGCCCCUACGCUGCUGCCGCCGCGGCAACCGCCAAUCAGAUCAUAUUGAAAUAGAGCACAGGAGCGGGACAGAGUGCCAGCACAACAUACACACACUUCUUAAACAACGAGUGUGUGGUUAUAACAUCCUCAACUCUACAGAAUUACUGCAACAUGCAUGCUGAUACACUCACACACACACACACACACACACACACACACACACACAGAGCCUAAUAAUGUUUCCCCACAGUUAUGUUACAGAAAUCCAUAUACAGAUAUAUAAAUAUAUAUAUAUAUAUAUAUACAAUAUAUACACAACAAGAAAUUAAUCAAUCAUAUUUGUUUUUAAUUAGUUUCACUGGAAGAAAAUCAUUCUCUUUUUUGCUUGUCUAAGUACACUAUAUAAUGAUACAGUUAUACACAAUAUCUUCACCAGUGUUGAGUAGGAAAUCAUUCAACACUUGUUUAACUGUGUGACUCUAUUUGCACUUCUUUUUUUUUGUUCAAGAGAAAGGGCAACAUCUUGAGAAAGACUAUUAGAAGCCCAGUUUGAGGAUUAACACAAUUCUCUCCAAGCUGAGUCCAGAGAUUCAGAUCUCUCAUGAGAGUUUAUCUGCCUGCGCUGGCAUCAGAAAGGACUGUAUAACCAAGCACGGAAGCACGUCGAAGCCAUGCAGGAGGAUGACAGGCAGCAUGUCACAACCCUGUAGGAGAAUGUCAAACAGCAGGUGAAAGCUAUGCAGGAUAAGGACAGAGUGAGUUCACCUCUCAGCUCCACACUUAAAGCUUUGUCUGAGCACUGCUGCAAUACAGCAGCUUGGAUAAAGAGAACUGUGUUAGCCAAAUUAUUAAUAAAGAUAAAAACAUAAAAAAAUUAAUAAAAACCCUUUUCACCUUUAACAGUGGCCAAAGUGAAUAGUGACACACUAACCCUUUAAAACUUGAUGUGAAUCUGAACUUUAUUACUUUAUUACAGCCGUUCUUUUAUAAAUUGGUUAGCUGGAAAAUUUUGCAGUAAAGUUUUGCCACAGCAGAGGUUAUCUCUUAUUCUCUUGAUACUGUGUCGUUGAAAGAGAGUGGAAAAGAGACAAACAAAGAGAUGACUGCGUGCACUUGUGAGUUUAUAUGCACGUGUGUUUGUGUAUAGUAACAGAGCAUGACAUCUACAGCUAGACUUGAGCAGUUUGAGCUGUGUUUAGUUGAGCCGAACUGGCCUGCAUUCGUCCUGUUUUUUUGUUUGUUUCUUUCUGUGUUUAUUCUGUUCUGAUUUUGUAUAAGUGCCUAACAAUGUUCUUUACAAGUCUAGUAUGGAUACAGAUCUGAACUGUUCAUGUUUAAUUUAGUUGCUGCAAUCUGUCAUUCUCUCUUUCUGUCAAAAAAAAAUUAUUGUGGAUGUUAUGUUCACUGUUGAAGUUUUUUUUUUUUUUUUUUGAAAUUUAAAGGAAAAAUGAUAAUUAUUAAUACUAACACAAAAUGAUGUCAUGUAUAAAAGAAGUCUGUGAUUGCUGUCUGGGAAAACCCUUUCUCUGCUCCUGCGUAUAGAAUUGUCAAGCUCUUUUACAAGGUGAAUUUGAGGUGAGUUCUACUUACAGUACAUUUGUUUCAUUUCCUAGAGCAGUGAUUGACAACAGUGUGACCUGUAACUGACCUAAUACUUAAUAGCUCAAUUAUUCUAAUCCACAUUAAUUUAGAAGACAGUCAGUCAAAUAAGUUCUUUUUGUAUGUGCGUUUGUGUCUUUUAAUGAGCGUUUUAAUUCAGGGCGAGGGAGAUAAAAUGCCAUGUGAGAACCUAGACAAUCUUUAGUUUAGAUACACAAAGGCACUGCUCAGACUUGUAGUCAUUUAACUUCUCAGCAUUGCCUGAGGAUAAUUUAUGUUGUGAUCUAUAAGAUAUAUGAGAACUAUUAUGUAUUGUUACGGUAUUGAUUGUGGUUAAUGGACCAUUGUUAUGUUUUGUUUUGAGAUGAAUGUAAUUUAUUUGAUGUAGGGCCUUGUUGUUUUAAAAUGCCAGCUUGGUGCCACCUUCUUCUCCUGCUUUACCUGACUUGUGCAGGAAGAGAAAAGCAGGGUGCUUGACUUUGGAAAGUCACAGCGUCCUCAAAUGAAAAGCAUUAAGCAUUAUGUCGUAUUACACAGUUGUUUGUGAAUCUAAUUCUUCGAUAUAAUAGUUGUUUGUUUGAGGUUGUGUAACUGUGGCAAAGAUCGAGUUUUGCGAAAGAGAAGCCUAGCAGUGAGUAAUACAAGGUAGCCAGCUGAGAGAAGCACUCAACAACCCAUGAUGCACCAGUGCAGGUCAGGCUGCAGAAGUGUUCAUGUUAUGUCAAUUAGAGUUAAAACUGCAUUUCAUUUUAUAGUUCAAUUUUACGUGCUAAUAUUUUAGAACAUUACUAAUGUGUUGAUGUGACAGUUCAAACUUGCUAUGAAUGAAAAUGUUUUUGUAAGUGAUGUUCUUGUUCUGUUUUUUUUUUUAGUUGUUGUUGUUUUUAAGAUGGUAGUUUCAAGUAUAUUUUCCUAUUACUGGAAAAGUACUUAGUUUCAAUGCCUUAUUGUCAUGGACCAUACUAUUUAAUGAUAUAUAUAUAUAUAUAUAUAUAUAUAUAUAUAUAUAUAUAUAUAUAUAUUAGUCUUAAUUUUUAUAAAUUUUUCAUUAAUUCUAAUAAAUGUUUAUACAGAUUUAUUUCCAUUGUCAUAGAAUAAAUGCACAUUAUUUGGAAUUUCUUAUAAAACAACAUACUAGUGCUAAAAAUGCAGUCAUGACUCUGGAUAUGAGCACAGAAUGUCCUCCUGUAACACACCAUGACAGAUCGAAGAUCACCUACAUUACUUACAGUAGUGGUUUUGUUUUGGAGUAGAUAAUAGAAAACAACAUGUUUACUGAUUUGUCCAUAUGUCUGAUCCGGAGUCAGAGCACCUCAUGUUCUGUCUCACAUUACACAACAUAUACUAAACAUACGAAUGUGUCUCAUCAUCAGUGUGUAUCAGUGCGUCUCUUGCUUUUUUAGUGUCAGUCCGAUGGAUAAGAAUUUCAGAAUGUAAUUUAUCUCUUGACUGUUGUAGCACAUUCUGGACAGGUUUAUGACUCGAGGGCUACAGUGCACUCACUACCUUAGUCUGUUCACAUGUGAUCUUAUCUUGCCUUAUCUUCUUUGUGUUGCUCUGACCAUUUCAUGUCUCUUAAUAUUGUUUCAA